AUGAGCAACUCAGUCCCCAGUGAUGUUCUGUCCAGUGGAAUCAGUCCCGUCAACAGGUGUUCCACCCCCCUGCCUGGUCAAGAAGUUGUAAGAAGUGAUGAAGAGCCAUUCUCCUCCAGUGAACCCCGUGAAAUGACCAGUUUGUCAUUUCCUCCCACCUGCGAGUCCCACACCUCCUCCUCCAUUAGCCCUUUAAAGAAAAAGAGUAAAGAGUUCUUUGCUACUGCUCUGCCAGGGUCCAUCCAUUCAUCCCGGUCCAGUGACAGUGGACAUUCUUCAUUUAUCCUGCCAGGGCACUUGAGUGGUCAGGCUGAAGUUUUGAGUGGUCAGGCUGAAGUUUUGAGUGGUCCAGGGUCAUCGGUGAGCACGUGCAGCUGUCACUGCCAGGAGUUUUCCUCAAGGCUGAAGCAGGUGGAAGAUCGUUUAGAUCAAUUGAACCAUUUGCUGACAGCGCAGCAAAGAACGCCCAACAGGAUACCCAGUAAACCACCAACUUCAGCUCAAAAAGGGGAACACAUAGGCAAAGGGAAGAAGGGGGAUCGUCUUUAUGAAAAAAUUCUUAAAGACUUUGCUAAAUUCCGCGUGGGGUCACGGACAGCAAAGAAGGACAUUGAAAAUGCACGGCAAUCAGCCAGCCAUGGUCUUCGCUUUUGUGAGUACAUGGCUGCUGGGCUGCCCACCAUGGCCAUCUCCCACGACUUGAGAUUCGUUAAUCAAAUGGACAAGUUACGUAUUUGGCCAACGUACCUGUCUCAGAAGGGAUAUGCGCCUUCAACAAUAACAAACAUGCUGAAAAAUGUGGUCGUCUUCCUGAAACACACCGAAAAUGCAUUCCACACGGCUAGCAAACUCAGAGAUAAAGACUUCAGGGCACUUCAGUACGAACUCAAGAGAAUUGUAGCUGACAUCCGAAAAAAAGUUGUUGUCCAUCAGCAGAAAGUCUUACGUCAUAAGACAGACAAUCAGCUUCUUGGAGCCCAAGAAAAGCAAUUCAUGAAAACUGCCAGGAAAAAAAUUCCUGCGCUGUUUGAAAGCUUAUCCUGUAAAGGAGGUCAGCAGGAUGAGCACGGCAAAGUCAUGGGCUACAUGAUGGGCUACCUGGCGAUGCUCACUGGACACAGAUCCGUUGUGUUCACUCACCUGACAAAGGAAAAUGUCACCAACUUUGAGACGUGGAAUCAUGGCAAGAGGUUCCAAGUGCUGGUGGAUGACCACAAGACCGUACGGACUUUUGGUCAAGCCGCGCUUGCCCUCAACGAUGAAGAGUUUCGUUGGCUCGAACACGUGACUAAUGGCAAGUGCUGCGAGCAAGGCCGGGACAGCAACUAUGUGUUCCAUGCAAGAAAUGGCCAGCAGAUUCAGAAGCCUGGGAACUUCCUCCAGAUGGCUUGGACGGAUGCUGGAAUGAAGGGUUCUGUCACCUUCAACAUGAUCCGGAGCAGCGUCUCAACUCAAGCCAACCAACACCUCUCUGAAAAAGAGAGGAAGACAGUGGCUAAGUUUAUGUGCCAUGACCCCCACACCGCAGAACGGUUUUAUGUCUCUCUGCCGGACAAGGAGACAAGCUACAAAACGCGACAGCUGAGACUGAGAGCCUUGCAGAGUGCCGUUGCUGAACCUGAAGAAAACACGACUGACGAUGAACCUGUCUUCAGUGAUACAUCAGAGACAAGCACGGAUGAUGAGCAACCUGUUUAUGAUGACCAACCGAACUCCACCUCUGGCAUGUCUACAUCAUCAGAGAAUGAGGCAUGUCCACAUCCAGCAAGAAAGAGGUUGUUUAAACAAAAACAAUCGAAGAGGUGGGAAGUUGCCAAGGUUUAUACACCUUCAAAGUGUGUUGUGCAGGUUGAGAAACUGAGGCAACCCAUUGCAGACUAUUUUUUUCACAAAAUGUAUGCCACCAAGCCGCUGUUAAGCCAGACGGAAGGUUCUGAGAAAGUAGCUCUUGCUGAAAGAAAGAGUGUGCCAGUACCCCGUGCUGAGAAGAAUCCAGACGGUGCACCAGCACUCCUCAGCAAGCCCCUGCACAGGCAGAAUGAACAUUUUGUUGAGAGUGUGCCAGCACCCCCUGUUGAGCAGGCUCCAGGGAGGGUGCCGGGACCCCUCGGCCUCUCACAGAAGACAGCUGGGACAGGAGGACAGUUGAAAGAAACCCUGGCAGGGGUGACCAAAGUCUGUGUUGCUGAGCUCCAAACUUUGUUUACACAGGAAUGUGUGGAUGAGAUGCCUGCUGAGAAUGUGCCAGCAACCCCAACUGGGGAGAGGGAAGUCUGUGUUCCUGAGCCUGAAACUCAGAUGACCCUGGAAUGUGUGGAGGAGACGCCUGCUGAGAAUAUGCCAGCAACCCCAGCUGGGGAGAACCAAGACAGUCUUCCUGAGCCCCUAACUGAGCUCACACUGGAAUGGGUGGAUGAUACGCCUACUGAGAACACACCAGCAACCCCAGCCGGGCUGAGUCAAGUUUGUGUUCCUGAGCCUGAAACUCAGAUGACCCUGGAAUGUGUGGAGGAGACGCCUGCUGAGAAUAUGCCAGCAACCCCAGCUGGGGAGAGGGAAGUCUGUGUUCCUGAGCCUGAAACCCAGAUGACCCUGGAAUGUGUGGAGGAGACGCCUGCUGAGAAUAUGCCAGCAACCCCAGCUGGGGAGAACCAAGACAGUCUUCCUGAGCCCCAAACUCAGAUGGCGGUUGAUGGCACGGAUGACACGCCUGCUGCUGAAACUCAAGGCCUCUAG